UGUGGAGAAAACAACGACAGCGAAGUAUUUAACUGAAAUAUCACUCAACGUGUGUGCACAGUGGUUAAUUUAUACAUAUAUAUAUAUAUAUAUAUACGCAAACAUAAGAGAAGUAACUGCAAAAUCAACACAACGUUAUCAUAAUAAUUAUUAUUAUGUGUGGAAUUUUCGCUUACCUUAAUUAUUUGACGCCAAAAUCACGGUCCGAAGUUUUGGACUUGUUAGUGAAGGGCUUAAAACGCUUGGAAUAUCGUGGCUAUGAUUCAACUGGUGUGGCAAUUGAUUCGUCUAACGGCAAAGACAUUGUAAUGGUUAAAAGCGUCGGUAAAGUAAAGAUGCUAGAGGACGCAAUAAUUAACAACUUUAGCGGCAAAGAAUAUGAGGAAUCUGUGAACAUACAUGUGGGCAUUGCACAUACACGUUGGGCUACCCAUGGUAUACCAUGUGAAUUGAAUUCACAUCCGCAACGCUCCGAUAAUUGCAAUAGUUUUGUCGUGGUGCAUAAUGGCAUUAUUACAAAUUACAAAGAUGUCAAGACUUUUCUAGAGAAACGCAAUUACGAAUUCGAAUCGGAUACCGAUACCGAAGUAAUUGCUAAAUUGGUGCAUCAUUUGUGGAAGAAACACCCUGGUUAUUCUUUCAGAGAGUUAGUAGAGCAGGCUAUACAACAAUUGGAAGGUGCCUUUGCUAUUGCUAUAAAAUCCAAGCAUUUCCCAGGGGAAUGUGUUGCCUCAAGACGUGGAUCGCCGCUUUUGGUUGGCAUUAAGACUAAGAAGCGUCUAGCUACCGACCAUAUACCGAUAUUGUAUGGAAAGGACGAAAAAAAACAACAAACUGAAACAGACAACGAACCAGGUAAACCACAAGAACAUCGUCCUCAUGGACAUAAUCAUGAUUUAUCAGUGUUGCCUCGUUCCGAAAGUACUUCGGAGUUUAUGCCGCUGGAAGAAAGGGAAGUCGAGUAUUUCUUUGCCUCCGAUGCUUCGGCUGUCAUCGAGCAUACAAAUCGGGUUAUAUACCUUGAGGAUGAUGACGUAGCUGCAGUGCGCGAUGGAGCACUGAGCAUUCAUCGCUUACGAAAGUGCACCGACGAUCCACAUGCUCGAGAAAUCACAACCUUAAAAAUGGAAAUUCAGCAGAUAAUGAAAGGCAACUAUGAUUACUUUAUGUUGAAGGAAAUUUUUGAACAGCCUGAGUCUGUGGUGAAUACGAUGCGUGGCCGAGUACGUUUCAACUCUAAGACUGUGGUUUUGGGCGGCAUAAAGGACUACAUACCUGAAAUUAAACGUUGCCGCCGUUUAAUGUUGAUCGGUUGCGGCACUUCGUAUCAUAGUGCAGUGGCGACUCGUCAGUUGCUUGAAGAGCUUACGGAAUUACCCGUAAUGGUAGAAUUAGCUUCUGAUUUUCUGGAUCGUAACACGCCCAUUUUUCGAGACGAUGUUUGCUUUUUUAUCUCCCAAUCUGGCGAGACGGCCGACAGCUUGAUGGCACUGCGUUAUUGUAAGCAACGGGGCGCUUUAAUUGUUGGCAUUACCAAUACAGUCGGAAGUAGCAUAUGCCGCGAAUCGCAUUGCGGGGUACACAUUAACGCUGGGCCCGAGAUUGGUGUCGCUUCUACUAAAGCUUACACAUCACAAUUUAUAUCGUUGGUUAUGUUCGCGUUGGUUAUGUCAGAAGAUCGCUUGUCCCUGCAGCAAAGACGUCUCGAAAUUAUUCACGCGCUAUCUAACCUGGCGGACCAAAUUCGCGAUGUCCUGAAGUUAGAUCCAAAAGUUCAGGAAUUGGCAAAAGAUUUAUAUCAGCAUAAAUCGCUUUUAAUAAUGGGUCGCGGGUAUAACUUCGCCACCUGCUUAGAAGGUGCUUUGAAAGUCAAAGAGUUAACUUAUAUGCACAGUGAAGGUAUUAUGGCUGGUGAAUUAAAGCAUGGCCCUUUGGCGUUAGUCGAUGACUCUAUGCCCGUGCUGAUGAUUGUAUUGCGUGAUCCAGUGUAUGUGAAGUGCAUGAAUGCCCUGCAGCAGGUCACUUCGCGGAAGGGUUGUCCUAUUAUAAUUUGCGAAGAAGGCGAUGUAGAAACAAAAUCAUUUUCUUCGCGCAGCCUUGAGAUUCCACGAACAGUCGAUUGCCUUCAAGGCAUUCUGACCGUUAUUCCAAUGCAGCUUUUAUCUUAUCACAUAGCAGUAUUGCGCGGUUGCGAUGUCGAUUGCCCGCGUAACUUAGCGAAAUCUGUAACUGUUGAAUAAUUCCUACAGAUGAGACUGUACUUUAGAUCUAGACUGUAGCACACUUGAGGAAAACUAAUUAUCGAUUAAUUAUUAUUUUUCUCAAAUAUCUUCUUUUUCUUUCAUU